GUGUUGGACUUCACGCCAGUAAAGGUUUCCAUUCGCUUUGAAAUAAACGUUGAGCCCAAAUCAUUAGGAGGGAGGCAGGGAGUAGGAUUGCUAGCAAUUAGCAUCCUAGUGGUCUGACUCGACGAUAGCUUAGGAUAGCGUAAAUCCCGAAGGUGAGAAAAUGGAGAAUAUUUCACAACCGCCGGUACCGCCGGCAGAUGCAGCGGCCGUGCACCCGGGAAUAGAACCCAUAUCGUACCUGCUUGGGACAUGGAAAGGGCAAGGAGAGGGUGGCUUUCCCACCAUCAAUUCUUUCUCCUACGGCGAAGAGCUCCGUUUCACCCACCAUUCUUACAGGCCCGUCAUUGCUUACACCCAGAAGACUUGGAAACUCAACUCCGGGGAGCCUAUGCACGCGGAGAGCGGAUUCUGGCGCCCCAAACCCGACGGUUUCAUCGAAGUUGUCAUUGCGCAAAGCACUGGUCUUGCUGAAGUCCUGAAAGGGACAUACAACACAGAAGAGAAAGUCAUAAAGCUUCAAAGUGAACUUGUGGGCAAUGCCUCUAAGGUGAAAGAGAUAACCCGAGUUUUUCGGUUGAUUGGUGGAGAUCUAUCUUAUGAGGUUGAGAUGGCUACAAAUUCUACCAGUCUUCAACCACAUCUAAGAGCCUCACUCAAGAAAUUAUGACCGAGUGGUGUUAAGAAAAGCAAGGUAGGAGCUGGAGCUUAUAACUUCUAUGAACCCAGUCUUUAACAGAAUCUGAUCUUGUAAUUCACAAUGUAUAUCUAUAAGUGGUUCCUUGUUUCUACCAAGACCUGCCAAGAAUUAUUUCAUAUAGCUUUGGACA